AAUCCAAAAUGGUGUUCGACAGGCUGAGAGGAAUCGAACGAGAAAAUCUCCCUCUUUCGCGGCAACAAACCGUUGACGACCAGGAAUCUCUAGCACAACAAAAUAUUUUAUCAUCUGUUAAUGGAAAGACACCAAAAGAGCAUCAGAUAGAAAGCACACAAAGACUUGUUGGUUUUGCAAUUGGUACUGGGAGUAUUCUUGCUGCACAGUUUCUGACACAUCCAUUUACAGUCUUCAGGAGACAGUGUCAGGUAAAUCAUGGUGCCAGAAAAUACCACUUAGCACCCUUCACUGUGUUCCAAAUCUUGCUUCGUGUGAGAAGAAGUCAGGGUUAUGGUGCUUUGUGGAAGGGUUGUGGUAGUACCUAUGUUGUGUGUGCUGUCAAUUUCUUUGGUGAAGCAGCAGUGAGCAGCCUUACUCAUCUACCUUAUGAAAAACCAGAGAGAACUAGUUCAUACAAAGAUGUUGGAGGCCAUCUUCUUUUGAAAGGAUUAAGUUUGGCUCUUAGCAUGCCAGUGGCAGCAGCAAGCUUAACAGAAACAGUCAAGAGUGACCUCACCCGUUACCAAGACAAUAUGUUUGACAGUUUAAAAGACUGGAUGUACCGCAUUGUAGGCUGGGAUAGAUCAUCAGGUCGUCAUGGUCGCCUCCUCCCCAUGUGGACCCUGGUGCUUCCCACAGUUCUUCACGGCCUGCUUACCUAUGUCUUGGGUACAUUGAUUCAACACUUGGUAUUGAUAAAACUGAAGGGCAGGGGCAUCCACAAGUCACCCGACACAGACCCUACAUCAUCAGAUGAGGAACUGCCAGGCCCUACUGAUAUGACUCAUACUUAUUACCCAGAACUUGUGGCCAAUUUUUUAGCAUUUUUUAUCCCUGAGUUUUUGUUGUAUCCUUUGGAGACGGUUCUUAACCAACUGUAUGUCCAAGGCACUCGGACCAUCAUUGACAAUCUUGAUACUGGUACUGGUGUGGUGCCACUAUGUACAAACUAUGAUGGUAUGUUGGACUGUUUCCGCUCCAUCUGGCGGGAUGAAGGUCUUGGGGGUUUUUACAAAGGCUUCGGUGCACUGUUGAUUCAGCUGUUUAUUCACUGGCUCAUCCUAAAGCUGACUCAGUUUGUGUAUAAGGAAAUUUCACAGGAUUUUAAAGGCAAAUAAUUCAUUGCUUGUGUGUCUUAAGAAAUGAAGAUCUUAAUUAACAAUAUCUUAAUAUUGGGGUCAUUCUUUGUACA